AUGUCGGCAGCGGUUGCUCAAAAGAAAGAUGUCGGAACGUGGUCAGAAACGUUUCCAGAGCAGAUAAAUACGUUGAAGGAGUCAGUAAUGUUUAUGAAACGUCUGCUUGGUGUUGCAAUUUGUAACAUAACUUACUUGAGAACAAUGUUUCCCGGUGACGCCUACAUUGACAAAUCUUUAGAAGGUGUUCAGCUGAAAAUCUUAAAAAGUUCAGAUGCUUAUCCUCAGGUUAACAAUCUCAUCAACUGCCUCAAAGUCAAGUUAGUGAUAAAAAUAAUGGCUAUACAGAUUCAUCCAGAUGUUCAAAAUCUUGACAAGGUCUUGGACUCAUAUAACUUUCAGUUUACGUACAAUGAUGGUAACAAGAUUAAAAAGAAGAAAAUAACUACAAAAAUAUCAUGUGAGAGUACAAAAGAAUCAACAGUGAGCAUGUUACGUAGGUUGAUUGUCAUGUCUUCAACAUUGGAACCACUUCCACCUGUCUUCUCCAUCUCCAUGAAACUCUACUAUUAUGACAAUGCUGAUUAUGAACCACCUGGCUUUGAACCAAGCGAUAAGGAGACAUCCUUCCUGGACGAUCCUGCCAUUUUUGACAUUGGCAACGUCUCUACUAUAUACCACACACUUACCCUUCAAUUGGCCACGUCAACAAAGGAAACAACACCAUCAGUAGCAUCAACGAUAGCAGCGGCAGUGAAAAAGGUUAACAUAUCUGCGUCAAUUGAGCAAAGUCUAAGCGCAACGUUGGCAUUGGCAACAUCAUCAGCCUCGCCCACACAUGCAAACGAUCAGUCUUUAGUGUCUACAAUGUCUAGCCAUUAUAAUAACAACAACAACAAUCAGCAUCAUCAGUUCUACAACCAGCACCAUAAUCCUGGAGGUUAUGAUUAUCAACAACAACAACAUAAUGGUGACAAUGAUGACAGUGAACCAUUGAACUGUUCAAUGUCUCAAAAGAACCACAAUCAGAGGACAGCUGAUGAUGAUAAAGUUGUCAAUGCUCCCAAACGCAAGGCUGAUGAAGAUGUGAGGAUGAAAAAUGAUGAAUUGGAUGCAGCUGCUGUUGAUGUUGAGAAAUUAGUUCUAAAGAAUCCAAAAGAGAAGAAGCUUUCAAAAAGCAAGUACUUACAAUUCGGACCUGGGGCAGGCAAUAAUAUGAUCCAAGAAAAGUUGGCAGACAGUCAUGGAAAGAGCAGAAGAGCUAGGAAAUAA